AUGUCAUCCGUUAAAAUUCUACGAAUAGCACUGAUAAUUUGGUUGCUUUUUGUCGCCACUAUUAUCCAGGCAUCGGAAUUUAAUGACUUGCUCAAAAACGAACAAUCCGUCAGUGAGUUUGGUCAAAAGACUCUUAGUUUCAACACCACCAUCGAUAAACUCCCAUUAAUCGGUAUAAAUGCUUCGUCAGUGGUGUUUACCCAAUAUGGCUACACCGAUCAAGGAUUGCUGGCGUUAUCCCUGACGUUGAAUAACUCCAACAUCAACGCGGUAUUGGUUGAUUUAUAUUGGAAUGAUAAGUAUGACGGCUGGCAAAUAUGUCCAAUAUCACUGGAAACCUUAACUUCAACUGAUGAUUCGAUUAUUACUUUCACUUCAGGAAACUCGACUUUGACUUGUGAUAUGAACCUAACGUUAUACCAGGUGUUCGAGGCGAUUCCUUUUAAUACCGACAGUAAUAAGACUUAUAUCCCCAACCUCACGCAAAUUCUCUUUAAUCUUCACUAUUUGCAAACCUCAAACGUUUCUUAUUCCAUGGCAGUCACCCAAAGUAUUUCAGAAGCGUUGAAAGAAACUUUUGGCCUGGCGUUAUACCUGGCAACCGACUAUCAAAAUGCCAAUUACCAGUAUCCUACAUUAUAUCAUUUCACCAUCGAUUCUCAAAAAACCAUCAUCCCCAUGCUUUGGAUGACCGAUACAUCAAUUACCAAUGCUACUUCUAUUGAAACCAUGGCGUUGGAAAAAAUCGUCUUCAUGCCCAACCAAUCGAACUUCUACCUAAAUUAUAAACAGAACCUCGAUCCAUCGACAAUUAUCAAUAAUACUGCAUUGUCAAUCGACGAUUUCACCAAUUUAGCCACCCAAAGUUGGAAAUUCACCACCACGACUUUAACAAACUUCACUGAUCUUCGGAAUAUUAUGUUAACGGGUUACACCUCGAUCAUCUCCAAUGGAAACAUUUCAAAUUAUACCGAUAUCAACACAAUUUCUUGGCUUUGGCAAGAAUCUCAACCUUUGGACCGCAAGACCGUCCAGGUAUUAGUGGAUAACGACCAAUAUGUUUUCCAAUCACAACAAGGGGUCCUCCAGGCCUAUCAAUGUGCAGUACUUUUCCAAGGAGGUUGGUACGUCGAGAAUUGCUACCAAGCACACUUCGUAGCGUGUCAGUCGCGGUCCAAUGAAUCUCUUUGGAAAAUCAGUACCGGUAAAAAAAGUUAUUUUGAUGCUUCAAAAUUGUGCGCCGGUAAUGAUGAUGAAGCUUCACCUCAGUUCAAUUUCAGCAUUCCUAAAACUGCGUUAGCUCAAACCUAUUUGAUAAAUUUUGCCAAAGAACAUUCGAUCACUGAACCAAUUUGGAUCGAUUAUAACGCCAUUUCAAGAGAUAGUUGUUGGGUCACCGGGGGUCCCAACUCUCUUUGCCCCUUUGAAAAUGAAGACCAAAAACACAGGUUCGUAGGGAUUGUCACCCCAAUUUCGGUAUUCAUCGUAUUUGUUCUUUCAUUCAAUGCCAUCACCAGCAGUGCACAAGUUCCAGUUCAGAAAAACCGAAAGUAUUGGAAGGAGUUGGUGUCAGAUUUUACAAAAAACGAAUAUGAAGGAGUGCCUGCAUAA